AUGAUUGUGACCAUCUCCCCCGUGGAGGAGAAUUUCGGGGAGUCGCUGAACUCGCUGCGCUUCGCCAGCAAGGGCCCCGCCCCCUCCGCCCCUCCCCCCCCGCCGGGGCCGCCCCCCCCCAACGGGGCCGGGGGGGGGAGGGGCGGCGCCUUCCGGGAGGAGAACGAGCGGCUGUUCCAGCAGUUCCUGUCGCUGUGCGCGCCGCUGACGCAGGCCUCCCAGUAUCCCGCUGGAGCCUCCCAGUAUCCCGACGGAGCCUCCCAGUAUCCCGACGGAGCCUCCCAGUAUCCCGACGGAGCCUCCCAGUGUCCCGCUGGAGCCUCCCAGUGUCCCGCUGGAGCCUCCCAGUAUCCUGCUGGAGCCUCCCAGUAUCCUGCUGGAGCCUCCCAGUAUCCCGCUGGAUCCUCCCAGUAUCCUGCUGGAUCCUCCCAGUAUCCUGACGGAGCCUCCCAGCAUCCCGCUGGAGCCUCCCAGUAUCCUGCUGGAUCCUCCCAGUAUCCUGCUGGAGCCUCCCAGUAUCCCGCUGGAUCCUCCCAGUAUCCCGCUGGAGCCUCCCAGUAUCCCGACGGAGCCUCCCAGUAUCCCGACGGAGCCUCCCAGUAUCCUGCUGGAUCCUCCCAGUAUCCUGAUGGAUCCUCCCAGUAUCCUGACGGAGCCUCCCAGUAUCCUGCUGGAUCCUCCCAGUAUCCUGCUGGAUCCUCCCAGUAUCCUGCUGGAGCCUCCCAGUAUCCUGCUGGAGCCUCCCAGUAUCCUGCUGGAGCCUCCCAGUGUCCCGCUGGAUCCUCCCAGUAUCCUGACGGAGCCUCCCAGAACCCUGAGGAAACAUCCCAGCAUCCUCCCAGUUCAUCCCAGUAUCCCCCUGCUUCAUCCCAGCAUCCUCCCAGUUCAUCCCAGUAUCCCCCUGGGGCCUCCUGGUGCCCGCCUGGUUCAUCCCUGUAUCCCGACGGAGCCGAGCCGUCCCAGUGUGCCACCAGUUCAUCCCAGUAUCCCGCUGGGGAUCCAUCCCGGUCUCCCCAGGGCUCCUCCCAGUGUCCUGCUGGUUCUUCGGAGCACCCUGGGGGCUCUUCCCAGUAUCCCAGCGCCCCAUCCCAGUAUCCCAGCGCUCCAUCCCAGUAUCCCAGCGCUCCAUCCCAGUAUCCCAGUGCUUCGUCCAGUGACGCUGGCGCUCCGUCCCGGUAUCCUAAUGGUUCAUUCUGGUGCUCCAGCGCCUCAUCCCAGUAUCCCGGCAACUCCUCCCACGGCGCCCCCGAGGGCGCGGGGCGGCGCGCGGGCGGCUCGCGGCGGCAGAUCCGGCACCUGGAGCACCUGCUGCGCGUCUACGCCGGCGAGAUCCGGCGGCUGCAGGAGCGCGAGCUGGACCUGGCCGAGCUGGACAGCGCCGACUCGCCGUACCUGCAGGAGAACCGCCUCAAGAGGAGGAUGAUGCGCAUCUUCCGCCGCCUCUGCCAGCUCAAGGACUGCAGCAGCCUGACGGGCCGCGUGCUGGAGCAGCGCAUCCGCUUCCGCGGCACGCGCUACCCCGAGGUCAACCGCAGCAUCGAGCGCUUCAUCAACCGGCCCGACGCCUUCCCCGACUACUCGGACAUCCUGCGCGAGAUCCGCGGCGCCAGCGCGCGCCACGGGCUGGGGCUGGGCCGGCGGCAGAUGGAGAACAUGGCCCAGGAGGCGUUCCGCGAGGUGGGCAACCGCCUGCAGGAGCGGCGCCACCUCGACCUGGUCUACAACUUCGGCAGCCACCUCACCGACCAGUACCGGCCAGGCACGGACCCGGCGCUGUCGGACCCCGAGCUGGCGCAGCGGCUCCGGCGGAACCGGCGCCUGGCGCUGGCCCGGCUGGACGACGUCAUCGCGCGCUUCGCCCAGCGCCAGGAGCAGCACCAGGAGAGCGGCGCCGGCCGGAAACGGCGGGAGCGGAAACGCCGGAGCGGG